GAAGAUGAACGAAAAGGACCUCCAAAAGAAGACACGGUCAUUGCGAGCCAAGCACAAGAAGACCGACGUGGAGGAUCGGGAGGAGAUCAUGGUGGACGAGAUCCUUCUGAUCGGUGCAGCAACCUGGACGCCAGCUGUGCGAGAGAUGCUGACAUUGUGCACCGGGGUGCAACCAAGCAACGCCGUCAUCGAUCCGGAGACGGCCGUGGCACUUGGUGCCGUGAUUCUCGCAUCCAUCAUGGACAACCAAAUGGUUGACAUGCAGGUACACUCCAAUUGGCGCGCAGCCUGGACCCAGUACUUGCUCGACAGACCAGAGCUGGUCGAGAAGCUGCAGGCUGAGAAGCAGCAGAAGACGGUGUUGGCUGGUGACGUCUCCUAG